CGGGAGUCAGAAGGGCCCCGAUUCCUGUUCAUCUGAGACCUCCAAAGGGGUCUCUUUUCCGUGCAGUUUCUUGCUCGCCUUUGGAGGCUCCAGAACCGAGUCCAGUUGAUGGUCGCUGAGUCCCCGUUGGGCAGACAGAACAGUUUCUUCCUGGACCGAGGACACCCCCCUGCCAGUCAGAGGGAUCCUCUUCCCCCUGAAUUCUCCCUUCCUUGGCCUUCUCUCUGUCACCAGCGACCGGCCCCCCGCCAGGCGAAAUGGGAAGCGCUGAGCAGUUAACCCAUUAUCAGGACUGGAACCACGACCGUGUGAACAUUUAUGAUUUUGUCUGACCACUUCCAAGAAAGGGCUUUUCAGGGCUUGACUCCUUUUGUCAAAGACGCCAGAGAUGUCGGGUGGGAGGGGGAGGAGGGACGGGCAGGGGGGGGCAGGAGGGGGGAAAAGAACCCACAGAUGUCUGGGCCGAAGAUUUCUUUCUUUAAAAAAAACAAGCAAACCCUCCGCAAACCACUAAAGUUUGCCAUUAAAAUUGACACCAGGGGAUGUCCGUAAAAGCCAUGUCCAUCUGGGAUUGGCUAGCCCGCCGGAAGUGGCUCGGCCGACGCGUUUUCUAACAGAUAAGUCCAUUGCUAGAGCCCUUUCCCCCUGCAACCGUCUCUCCCGCUCGCCCAGCACACAGCAGAGAGUCGGUCGCUAUAUUUUUUUCCCCCCCCCCCCCCGCAAGAUCUCGCCUGCAGGGUUCAUUCUCACAGCGUUUCUGCGAUUUCCCUCCCCCUCCCCCCCAUACUAACACCCCGCUUGGGGUCUCCCCCACUGCCAUUUCGCCUUCAACUUGAGGUUGGGGUGGUUGGUGGUUCUAUGGGGCAGGGCCAUGGCCAGCAGCCACCAGUCCGGGCUGCGCUUCCUGCCGCCCCCUUUCCACCACCCGGGCUGGAGAAGUCAUCCUCAUCCUGAAUUCCUGGCGCCCAGGACCAGCCCUUCUUGCCUGUACGCCUCCAGGCGCAAAGACUCGGCGCCCUCUUGCUUGGAGUUCGAAGCCGGCAAAUGUCCUCCCGGGCCCCGGCCAGAAGUUUCUCCUCUCCCCGGGCUGGAGAGGAAGGAGGCGGCUUUCUCGGUCCGCCAAGGUGGACCUCCCCCGCCAAACUUCGCCUCCGGUGCCCUUCCGCAGCCUGGCGUCACCAUCUUCGCGCCUCCGCCACCUUGCGAAGAAUUAACUUCCACCGCACCUAACGGGAAUUUACUCGGAGGCAGCCCUUCACCUUCGGACUUCGCAGAGAAAAGAAAUUACCAGGGGUCUAUCCUGCUGAAACCGAGCUAUGGACAAGGGGAGAGCAAAGGAAGAGAAGAAGAGGAGGAGGAGGAAGAAGAAGAGGAAAAUUUCUUGCCUAAAGCUCCAUCAUUAGACCUACCUCAACGCGGUAAAACUUCACAAGGUAACCCCGCGGCCAACUGGCUCCACGCCCGCUCAUCCCGGAAGAAACGAUGUCCCUACACCAAGUACCAGACCUUGGAACUGGAGAAGGAGUUUCUGUUUAAUAUGUACCUCACCAGGGACCGUAGACACGAAGUGGCCCGCCUCCUCAACCUGAGCGAGAGACAAGUCAAAAUCUGGUUUCAGAACCGAAGGAUGAAGAUGAAGAAAAUGAACAAGGAACAGGGGAAAGAAUGAAGGUCCCCUCCCUCUUUCCUCCCCCAGUUUGCGUCCGUCUUUGAAACUUAUGUUGUAUAUAUGGGCAAUGAUCGCUUGAGAUUGGGGGAAGAAGGCACAGCGGAGCAGAGACACUACUUGGUUUAGCUCAGAGGAGUUCAUAACGAUUACACCUGUUCUGUUCCUCUGCGUCUUCCUCCCCCCCUCCCUUUUCAAAACUGUUGAGGAGGUUAGGCUACACUGUGAGGAAUCGCAGCUCGGGCACUUGCAGAUUGAUGAUUGACAAGACUUUCCUGUUGAUUUCACGGGGCACCCCCGGUGGCUCCUUGAGAUAGUCUUCCCUGAGGUGUACUUUUUCCUGCCCCAGCCCAAACACUGUCCCAGACAAGGAGCCCCCCACCCCCGCCACUGGGAAGUUCUCUUAGAGCCAGCUUCAGGAAAUUGGCUCCACCGCUGGCUCCACCACUGAAUCUCUGCAGGAUUUCCUGGAGGAGGGUGCCCCCCCCCCCGAAUUUCUUUGUCCCAUAUUCCUUGCAGAGGGGAGACCAGGAGGGAAAGCCCAUUUGAUCCUCCAUCUAUUUUAGAGCCCCUAAGCCAAUUUCCUGGUCGCAGGGGGGCGAAAAUGUUACUGCAUCCUACAAUCCCGCGCAGAGUUGCUCCCCACUGAAAUGAAUAGGCUUAAAUUGGAGUAAGCCUCAUUGGGGACAGUGAAACACCACCCCUUACGUAAAAAGAAGUCCCCCAGAGACAACUGAGGGACUUUCCCAAUAUAAAUAUAUUGAUAUAAAAAUGUUCCCAGUGGCACCAGGGUAGAUACCUUGCCACUAGGCACAAAGGAGGGUGGGGGGUCUUCUUCGCCCCUUCAUUUCAAAAAGCUUGCUCAAGAGAUCUUAAGGUGUCCCGUAAGUUGUCCCUAACUUUUAAGGGGUAGAGAGGGACGCUUCUUCCUCUUCCGCCCCCACGAGGGUCAGGUGGUAGAAAUCCCUGCCUUCGCAACAGUGAAGAGAACGCGUGCGUUUUGAGGGUCAAGCUAUUUAUGGUUUAUGGUGGAAAUUAGUAUCCUGAAAAACCAUUCAAGUGCCAAGCAUGGUUUGAGGGAACUUCUCUGGACCUUUCCUCUCCUCCUCCUUUUCCUCCUCCUCCAGGCAGGUUUCUGCGGAGGAGUUUUAAUACUUGAAUGUUCUAGGCAUAUUUUCGUCUGAACCCCCGUUGCUCCAGGAGGACGCAGCCAUCUUUCACGUUAGCACGAAAAUAAAGUUCCGAGUGGCAUAAAAAGCUUUGGAUGGCCUUCGGCGGAGAGGGAGAGCUCCGCUUGCGCGCAAAUAUAAAAGACAGCCAUCCUCAUUGUUUACACACAAGGGGAAAAAAAAUAUCCUUCCUUUCAUACUCGGAAGAAUGGGAUUCUCAGCCCUGAAAGCUCAGCUGGGGGUCUCACAUAUCUGCUCGCCUUUCGACUCCUACCCCACAAGAUUCUGUUGUUGUUUUGACUGUUUCUAACUAGCUCCCCUCCUCCUUGCAUCGGCGGGGGGAAAUAGGUAGUUAAGUAACUUAGUACAAAAGUGAUCCUAUGACGUGUUUAUUUUUUAAGGAAAAAAAAGUUUUCAGUGUUCGUGACUGUGCUUUUGUGAAGUUCCGCUUGUUUUUUCUGUGGCUUUUAGGAAUAUAAAAUGGGGUCUAUACCUGCUAGUUGCAGAACUGGCCCGGUAUCUGUGUAUAUAAUUUAUCUCCAUCCCUUUCCCGUGCUUACCAGGCUAAACGACCAGUACUUUCUAGAAGUAACACUGCUACGUCCUGACAGGUUUUGGGUGGGGGAACUAUGACAAGAGACAGGCGGAAUCCAUGUCUCUCUUUCAGGUAAUUUCUGGGCGAAACGGUUCCAACGGAGAUAUCUAAUUUCAUAGAAUGCUGUAUAGGAUUUUUGUACCGUUUCUUCCUGAGGAUUAAGCCGUUGUUUUUUUCCUGUAGAGAUUUGAUAGGCGUAUUUUGAGCCUGGAGGAGAGCUUCCCCUGCUUUGUAGGGUGCUCCGAAGUUGGGCCACAAAUUUUUUAGGAUAGACUUCAAUGUAAAAUAUUCAACAUUUUUAAGGGGGGAAAAAGAUUUUAGGAGUUGUGAUGACUUCACUCAAAAUCCACGGGGUAUUUCCUACCCCAAAUAAGUUUUCUUUUUAGUAGGAUUCCAAGCAAAUAGUAGAUUGGGUGCUUUUUAUAGCUUCAACCCUUAAUUCUUAGAGUGUCGCUCAAACUUAGUCCAAUAUCACCUUGUCUUACUACGCUAAUUUUGCAAUGGAAUUCCCGAGGAAGCUUUCGGUUCCAGGAAAAAAUAAACAUUUUUUAAAAUUAGUUUUUGAACAGGCCCUCUAUAGCAACAUUUGAGAUUUGAGAAGAUGCUCUGGUUUGGCUGCAUUUCGUUUCUCGCCUGGGUUUUAGACGGGUGUCCAAACCAGCUUGGAACAUAACGCUGCGAAACGCCACCCUUCCAUCCUUUUCAAGGGUGGCAAUUCGCAUUUUGCAAAACAAAUUCUCUCCGCAAAUCUCUUCACUAGCUCUAGGGGUAGGCUUAUAGGAGAGAAGACAAGAAAUCUUUUUUAAAAACUUUUUUUUUGCGCUAAAGCAUGGCUUUAAAAAAGAAAUUAGAUGAUUUCGUUAAAAGUGAGAGUUUUUUAGUUAAAAAAACCCCCUUCAUUAUUUGUUUCAUUCUGUAAAGUCGAAAUGUGGGUCUCCCCCACAAUUGUUUAAUGACUCAGCCUUGUUUUUUUUUUUGGGGGGGGGGCUUCUCACACCUGUAUUAUACUGCUUCUAUUAGAUUUCAGAAAUAUUUGCAACCUCACUGUCUGUUUUUUGGCUCUUUAGGGUGCAUUAUAAAGAUCUGGGAGGGGUUUUCUGUUGUUUUUGGUCCGAAGGUGGUUUUUUUUUACUUUAAAAAAAGUCGGGAAGGGGGAGAUUCUAAGAAUUCAUUUCCUGUGUAUUUUUUGCUUCCGUGUUACGCCUACCGCACCACUAAAACCAUUCAGCAAAACAGAAAUAAAAGCGGUUUUCCGUCUUUUCAA